GAUCACGUGUGUUCAUGGGCCAACGGUCACAAAACUACGUUGACACUCGACAAAGUUAAAGCGCGUUAGUCUGAAUCUGACAACUACCUGGAAGGGCGAUUCUCGAAGAUAUGAAAGCUUGUAAUUGUAAAAUCUGCUCAUUUUUGUUGGUAUGCUUUGGUUUUGCAUUGACAAUCUCCGCGACGGUUUGCAUUCUCUUCAAUUGCUUCGAUGACCUCAUUAAAAACACUAUUGUAAAGAAUGUUCAACUAAAAAAUGGCACAGAAGCGUUUAAGAACUGGAAGUCACCAUCUUCAGAUGUAUACAUGCAAUUCUUCAUGUUUAACUUGACUAACGCGAAAAACGUGAGUGACGGAAAGAAGCCAUCAGUUAAGCAAGUUGGACCAUAUUCAUACAGAGAAAUUCGAAAGAAUGUUCCGCGUUUCUUCAACCAUGAAAGUAACACGUUAGCCUACUUCUCUCAAAAGGCUUAUGUUUUUGACAAGGCAACAUCGUGCGCUGGCUGCGAUCCUGUCAAAGACAAAUUUGUAACGAUUAAUAUUCCGCUACUGAAAUUGUCCGAAUUAGUCAAGAAGGGUGUGGAUUCUUUGCCUCAUGGUUUGGCGAUUCUUCUACUUCCUCUUUUGAACCAAUUCUUUGGAAAAGAAGACGUUUUUCGUGCGAGAUCUGUUUCUGAUUUGCUUUGGGGAUACGACGAUUUUAUCUUGUCGAGAUUUCAUAAUUUUACCGUUGAACUGAACAAACAGCUGAAAAAUCAUACCUUGCCUUUCCACGUGCCCAUAAUUAACUCAUUGGUUAUGCUACAGUCCAAUAACACCAAUACAUCAGGGGAAAUUCACACAGGAGUAGGGAAAAUCGAUCGCCUUGGUGCAUAUGUAAAGUAUAAUGGCAUGAGUACGCUUCCUUGGUGGCAUACAAAAUGGGCGAACAUGAUAAACGGAACAGACGGAACAAUUUUUCAUCCGGAUAUAAAUAAAGGCGAUCACUUGCCGAUCUUUUCCAGCGAUAUAUGCAGAUCAAUAAAUAUCAGGUAUCAUUCCACUGUCGAUGUAGAAGGAAUACCAUUGUAUCGGUUUUUUGCUGGACCUGAACAGUUCAAAUAUAAUGCGGAUAAUAGAGCUGGGUUUUGUAACCCCGACGCUAACUCGUGCGUCCCCGAUGGACUAUUGGAUGUCAGCGUGUGUAAACCGUUAAAUGUUCCCGUUGUUGUGUCUCUCCCACAUUUUCUGUUUGCAAACAAAACCGUUAUCGACUCAGUCAAUGGCAUGCAUCCCAACGAAGAAGACCAUUCUACGUUUAUUUCGAUUGAACCGAACACGGGUAUUACGAUGCAGGCCAAUAAAAGAAUUCAAGUGAACGUUGCUUUAACGAAUCUUACAGGAAUAACGCAAUUCGAAAACAUGAGGACAGUGUUUUUGCCUGUGUUGUUUGUGAACGAGACUGCAGUCAUUAGCAAAUCGGACGCUGAUAAAUUUAAGAACGAUGUUUUGCUGCCUAAAAAAUUAUUAGACAUAGGCAAGUAUGUCUUCAUCGGCGUGGGACUCAUAAUUAUGGUUCUUGGGUUGAUUCUUCUUCGAGUAAAAGGAAGGAAAGUUCGUCAUUCUGAGACUUCCGUACAAAUUCAAAAUGAACAAGUUGGGGGCAGCGAAAAGUCUCCGUUGAUGCGAUCGGUCCAGAACUAUGUUACAUAGAAGGGUAGAGCUAGAGUGUCGGUAUACAUUUUCUAUCAUAUAGUCUAUUGCAAUUUCUAAUUUAUGAUUUUAUAAGAAUUUACUAUUACAAAUGCAAAGAACAAGUUCAACUUUGAAUGUCAUGAUCGUGCACAUACACCUUAAGAAUAUACUGCACACCCUGCUUAUAGCGUUUCUAUCUAUUCCUUUGACUUUAGGAGUGAAUAAAUUGUCAGGUUCUGUACACUUCACUAAUGUAUUUUCCUUUAUGGAGCACUUGUUAUUUAAUUAAAAAGUUUUGUAUUUACAAAGUA